AUGAGCUCUUUCAAUGGAGUUCCUACUCUCAUACAGUACUUUGAGAGAAUUUCACAGAUAUGGAGAGAGAACAACGGCUUUUGCUCCUUAAAUGUUCGAGAGGGACGAUGAGCAGGCUGAUGCUGGCCAAGUUGAAGGUUCAAGUUACAGCACCAACAAGGAGAUAUCAGAAAGUGGUGUUCCAGCUCAGCAAAAGAACACUGAAUGCAUCAUCUGCUACUCCACCCACAACCUUUCUGACAGGUUACCUCGGAAACUCUACUGUGGGCACACCUUCUGCCAGGCCUGCAUUCGGAGACUGGACAUCAUGCUGAAUGAGCAGCGGUGGAUCCCCUGUCCCCAGUGCCGCCAGAAUACUCCAUGUCCACGUGGUGGAGUCGUCAUGCUUGAAUUGGACCUUGCCAUCUUUUUGGCCCUUAAAACAGAAAUAGAGUCUGCAAAAACAGCAGUGAGACAGGACAACGAGUCACAACAUAAAGUGAAAGCCAAAGAUCAUCGUAACUCACAGCCAAUCACUGAGCAGCCUGCAGUCCUGUGUCAAGGCACCCCACAAGAGCUGCAGUUUCCCAGAAGAACUGGCUGUGCUUGGUGUGCCUGCUGCUGCUGCUGCUGUGUCUAA